AUGGACCUCCACCUUACCACCGCUGCGGAGCUGAGGGAGGAGAUCAGAAGAAAUGGUGCAGCUGGUGGGCUUAUAAGGAUACAAAUGGUGAGGAGGGGCCAGUUCCAUCCUGGAAAGAUGUGCAGUGGCUUCCUCAGCUAUGAAACCGACCACCAGGCGGACUUCGCGGCUUCGCGAGCCAAUGCCAGGGCAAUGCACCCGGAUGCCGCUGCUGAAGUGUUGCAACCGAAAGCCAAAGUGGUGGCGCCACCACCGAAGAG